UAAUUUCACACAAUGACGAUGCCCUGGCCCCGAAUGGAAUGGAAACAAUAACUGGCCAUUGUGGCAGGUUAACUAUAAAUGCCGGCGGCCGGUCAAUAGGUACAACAGUCGAUGAAGAGAAGGUAUUGAAGUUACUUCAAUAUCUCUGUAUAUAUAUCACAUUACAUCAUAAAGUAACCAGUCAAGAGUCAACCGACAAUAUGAAGAUCCAUGGAGGAGCUGUAGUUUUCGUAGUCGUAGUGGCAUCACUUUUCUCUCCAGGAAUGGCCACAUUUGGCAAACUGAAUGUUCUUUUGGGUGGCGCUGCUGGCGGCUACGGUGGUGCAGUUGGUGGUUAUAGUGGCGGCUACGGUGGCGGCUAUGGCGGUGGAUAUGGUGGCUAUGGAUCCGGUUAUGGCUACGGCUCCGGCUAUGGCUAUGGAGGCGAGAAUGUUGUUAAAGUGAUUAAGGUAUCCGUAGUGCCAGGCGGCGGUUAUGGAGGUGGAGCAUAUGGCGGCGGUUAUGGCGGUGGUUAUGGAUCUGGCUAUAGCACUGGCUUUGUAGCAGCUGCCCCAGCCAUUUCCACAUCGGCUGUGGUAACACCGGUGGUCACUUCCGUCUCCACGCCUGUCAUCGGCGGUGCUGGAGCUGGCUUUGUGGGUGGCAGUGGAUUUGGCGGUGGACUUAUUGGCGGAUAUGGUGGCGGAUACGGUGGUGCUUACGGUGGCGGAUUUGGAGGAGCAUCUUUGCCGGCUUCUUAUGGCUUUGGAUCUGGUUAUGGUGCUGGCGGUGGUUUUGGUUUGGGCUUUGGUGUCCCAGCACCCACAGCCUUGGGUUUGGGCCCAGGUCUCUGCUAGUUCCUCAAGCUGUAUAUAUUAAUUUUCUUCAUUUUUUUUUUCAACGAAAUCUUUAUAAAGA